CAUGUUGAAGGAUCGGAAUCCGGACCCCACCAUUCUCUCGUCUCUCUCUGGAUGUGUCUGCGUUACGACUGCUUCCAACUACGCUGCUGCUGCUGCUGCUGCUGCUACGACCUUUUAGUGGAACAAAGAAUCAUGCCAACCAGCUCAUCUCCAUCAUCUCUUUCCACUAUUUCAUUUCAGUUAGGGUUUUCAAAAUCUUGAUUUAGUAGGAAGAAGAAGAAGAAGAUCCGGUCCCACCCCAUUUCCACCACUUCUCCGCAAUAAUUUCCUCCAUACAAGCAAUCUCUUUCUAGAUUCUGUUUAUCAACACCCUGCGUCUUAUUCUUUCUUUCUUUCUUUCUUUUGCAUGCUCCCAAGUUGGCUCUGUUUUCGAGGCAGCAUAUACAGCUCCUCAAAAUAUUUUACAGGGAGCUUUCAUAUCAAUGUUGCGGGUUGAAGAAAUUUCCCAUCUUUGCUUACUCUUGACGAUUCUAGAUACAGUUUGAAGCCUAGUCUACUACGUUUGAAUGUAGAAUAUGUGAAACAUUUUCCUACCUUAGAGUAUCUCAUCCGGUAUCCAUGUCAGAUAAGAUGGAUAAUGCAAUUGUGCAUGCAAAGAUUGUUGGCUACAAUAAUGGAAGUCCACUACAGGCACCAAACAAGGAUUUUGAAUCAUCGAAAGAAGAUUGCUUGUCUGAAAUAAUGCCAAGGGAGGUAAAUCCUGGAGAUGUAUUGCCUUCAAGCCUUAAGAAGUUACAGAUCAGUGAUUUUUCCACACAGAAGUUGUUUCUUCAACACAUGUCUGGCUUAAAGAAGAGGAUUCCGAAGCAAAUCAUGAGUCUGGAGGAAAAAUACCUUCGCCAUUGCCUUGAAUUAAUCCAUACGAGCGCCAUGAGAGCAAAUUCUUGGCCUAUGCCAUCGAAGGUCAACUUGUUGCCUGAUGGUUUUAGUUCUAGAGUAGUCGGUGGUGGAAGUGGUUGUGAUGCUUUGUUUUUAUUUUCAUCUGGGGCUGAAAAUAUAGUCAUAAGCUCUUCUUCUAUGGAUCCAAUUGUUGGUUCGAUCACAGGAAGCACAAGCAUGAUAAAUCUUUUAAGUAGUCCUUUACUAUGCCAAUUAGGUGCCUCUGAUGAUGAUAUCAAUUAUGGGAACACAAGUGCAAUGGAUGUUAGAGAACCCUUAAGUUCUGUUGGCACAAGCUCUCUUGGUGGGUUAUCUCUAGAUUCAUCAGAGGGUCUACAAAAGAAAAGGGUAGUACCUGAAGAUCAAAAUUUUGGAUCUGAGCCUGUGCACAAAAGGCUUGUUUCGUUGUCAAGCACAAACUCCACCUUCUCAGAUCCUUCUUCUUCUUCUUCUUCUUCAUCAUCAUCCUCAUCUUCCAGUGCCUACUGUCAAGGCAUGCUCCACUGCUCAUGGAAUAAUGGAUUUCCCCGUUAUGUUUUCUCUGUGGAGGACCAGAGAGAAGUUUAUACAACAAAUCUGUCCAAAGUUGAGUCCCUUAGGGAUGAGGGGUUGGAUUAUAUUUACAUGUUUCAUUCUAGAGCUGGAAAAAGGGAAAAUGAAAUUCAUGAUGAAGAGUCGGAUCUUGUGGGUAAAAUGAGUGUGUCUACCUCUUUCACACUCUGUCCAUUUGGAACAGAAAUUAUGGAGACUCAGUUUAGUUUAUGCGCCACUGGGCAUCAUAGUGAAGGGGGUUUACAUACUUUAAAUCAGACGGUUAGGAAGAACAAGGGAAUAUCAAAAAAAGUGGCCAACAUUUUUAGAGGAAACCACUCUUAUAGGCAGGGGACUUCCUCUAAAUUUGACGGGUCAUUUGUAAUACAAGACAAGUCGUUAGAGCCAAGCAAGGAAGGGGAUGUCUUUCUGGAAUCCAGCUUUCCUUCAAAUCUCGAGUUAGCUGCUAUUGUUGUAAAAGAUCAUAUUCCUUGCAGUCAAAAGAAGGUAGAAGUUGGAGGUUGGGGAUUAAAGUUUCUCAAAGAAGAUGGGCAUAGGAAAAGUAAUGCCUCUCCAGCGACACAAUCGAUACCUUGUGAACCUUGCCAUCAUUGUAGUAGUAUGGAUGUUCUUGUCCCAGCCGAUUUUCAUGGUGGGGCCAAAACGAAAAGCGGAGGCCCUUCUAGCCUUGUUGAAAGGUGGAGGAGCGGCGGCUCUUGUGACUGUGGUGGCUGGGAUAUCGGCUGCCCACUCACAGUACUUAAUGCAGGGCCAAAUAACAAAGAUGACUUGUAUCAAGUAGGUGUUUUUGGGAAGAGCAAUUCAUUCGAACUAUUUACAAAGGGUUGUAAGCAAAGUAUGCCGGUUAUAGAAGUGAAGAAUGUCCAUGAUGGUUUGUAUUAUAUCCAGUACCAAUCAGCUCUGUCUGCUUUGCAGUCUCUUUCAAUUGCUGUGGCAAUAGUUCAUAGUCACAGUCCCACCCUCAAACCUAAAGUAUAUAGAAAUUGAGCUAGUUUAUGUUCUCUUAUGACUACCAAAGCACACAUGAUUAGGAUUUUGUCUUGUGCUGUUGAUUCUUCUUAGUUGCCUGCAAGUAUACUCGAUUGAUGCAAGAUUCCUUUGCUGCAAAGCAGAUUUGUAAUACAAGUGGAUUGGGAUAUGUUGUUGUUUAUGGUUUGAAAAGAUUGAUUGGUGGCUAGUAUAGUAGACUAAAUAGGUAUCUUGGUAUUGCUUUCA